UUGGUCCCGCCGACUCGCCGUAGCUACAGUGAUCCAGAGGAAGGAGUUUUGUUUUGAUUAAAGUAACUUUAACGCUUUAUUUUACAUUCAGAAAUGGCUCAGAAUAUCCAGAACGUGACUUUGUCUCUGACAUUACCCAUAUCUUGUCAGAUUUGCCUCGGAAAGGUCCGUAAGCCGAUGAUCUGCUGUAACCACCACGUGUUCUGCGCAGCCUGCAUCGAGCUUUGGCUUCAGAAGUGCAGUCAGUGUCCCACCUGCAGAGUUCCCAUCACACCUGAAAAGCCGUGCCGGGAGAUUAUUGGAGCUGCUAAUGAGGGCGAGUCCAGGGAAAGCCAUUCGGUCAGGAAGCAUCUGAGGAGGACGCGAGCCAAAUUACUACUGCGAGAGUACGAGGAUGAAGUGGAGGCUCUGUUGAAGGAGAACGAAGAGCUGAAGAGCAGAAGUGAGAGUCUGGAGUCACAGCUGAAGGCGUCACUGAAGCCCACUGCCACUCCCAUCUCUCCUCCCCAAACUCUGCCUGACUCCGCCCUCCUGGAGGAAACGGCCAAUAGGCUGCGGGCUGCCAAUGAGCUCUAUCAGAGAGUGCAAGAGGACAUGGACAAGCUAAGAGACGUGAACAGAACUCUGCGCUCCCACAAUGUCGAGCUCGUCCAGGAGAACCUGCGCCUCAGAGCCGAGGUGGAGAACAGAUCUCCUCACAAGUUUGGCAGGUACACCGUCGCAGCGUUGGAGGCUAAGAUCUCACAGUACGAGCGAGAGAUGACCCAGCUGAAGAAGGCUCUGGAGCGAAGUGAUGCAUAUAUCGAGGAGCUGGAGUCCCAAGUGUCGAAGUCCCAGAGUGGGCAUCCAUCACAGAGCCCUUCCUCUGAACAGAGGCAGGACGGAGCGGGAGACAGUAGGAGCUCACAGCAGGACAGUACGUCUAUAGAUCCUUCAGACAGUCUUGCCUUCCUGCCUGUUCCUCUCUCUGAUGAAGCUUCAGGUUCUCAGAAGGACAUGACGGUGAACUUCGCCAUGCCCUCCACUCCUCCUACUCCAUCCUCGGCCCUCAGCUGUUUAAGUCUGAAAAGCCCGCUGGCACGGCGCGAGAAAAAGCCCAGCUGUAGCCUCGUCCCGUAUCUCAGGAGGCUCCGCUUUGAUGACUCGAGCAGCUCAACGUUUUCCUUAGUGGAACAAGCUUUACCUAAAAUCCCUAACAAUCUGUUAGAGCAGGAAACCUCACUCAGUUCAGCCAGUCAGAGUGUGUGGAGCAGGUGGGAGGAGCCUUGUUCCGCUACUUUCCACAGCGCAAAGGAAAAGGAGGAGAACGUCAGCGAGGGCGUGUCCUUAGCAGAGGAAGCUCGGAUGGAUGCGGCAUUCCUCAACAUCGUCUCUGAGCUCGACUCCAUGAUGGCUGAAGGGGAAAGCUCUCGCUCUCACGCUCAUACGCCUCGGCCUCCUCCUGACUUUGAUGCCGCGUCAGUCUCAGACCUUGCCACAGACGUACCACAGACCUUUGAUGAACCUCUGAAGCGGAAAUGUCCCAUUAGCCUAGCAACAUCCAGUCCCUCCAAACUGUCCAGGAUUAAAUAGCUUCAUUUAUAAUUAU